AUGGGAUUCUUUAGAGAGCCUGGAAAUUACAAUGCGCCUUGCUUGAUUGGAGAAGAUUUUAAUGUCAUCAUUUCUGAAGAAGAAAAAUAUGAAGGGUUACCAGUCACCAUGAAUGAAUGGAGUAGGGAUACUUAUGGGAAUAUUUUUCAAGAGAUUGAAACUUUGAAAGAUGUGGUUAAAGUACAUGAGAUACAGUUUGAGUUACAGCCUACUCUAGCUAAUAGAGAAAAUUUACACAAGGUACAAGCUGAUUUGAAUAUGUACUUGUACUUGGAGGAAGAAUUUUGGAAACAGAAGGCAGGAAUGCAAUGGUCUAAGGAUGGUGAUAGAAUUACUACUUUUUUCCAUGCCUAUGUCCAAGGAAGGACAAAGAGGUUGCAGUUAAGAAGGAUUCAAGAUCAAAAUGAUAAUUGGAUUGAAUCUAAGGAAGAAUUAUCACAGGAAGCGAUAAGAUUUUUCUCAGAUCAGUUCACUAAGGAAGCAGAUCCAAGUGAUUUUGAGAUUAUAGAUCAUGUUCCAAAAAUGAUCUCAGAAGAACAAAAUAGGUACAGUGAUGGUCUACCAACUGAAGAGAAAGCUAAAAAGGUGGUUUUCAGCCUAAAUGGGGAGAGUGCUGCUGGGCCUGAUUGUUUCACUGGCAUUUCUUAUCAAACUUGUUGGGAUAUCAUAAAGGACGAUGUUACUAACAUGGUAAAAGCAUUUUUUUGUCGAGCAGAGUUACCUAGAUUCAACAUAAUAUCUCUAAAUCAAGCAGGAUUUGUGAAAGGAAGAAGUAUUAUGGAGAAUGUACUACUUGCUCAGGAAAUCAUAGCAGAUAUUAGGCUUAGGAAUAAAUCUGCUAAUAUUGUGAUGAAGUUGGAUAUGGCUAAGGCCUAUGAUAGGGUUUCCUGGAUAUUCUUGCUUAAAGUUCUUAGAAAGUUUGAUUUUUCUGAAGUUUUGAUAGACAUGAUUUUCAGGCUUAUUAGCAACAAUUGGUAUUCUGUUUUGAUUAAUGGGCAACAACAAGGCUUAUUUUAG